AUGACUACUACUACCACUACUACUACCGCUACUACUGCUAUGGCCAAGGCCAUCGAUAAGGUCUUCACAGCUCCCGAACAGUCUGAAGGAGUUGGGGCCCGAGUCAGACGAGCCAUCGGUACUCCAAAGCUACGAAACUUCAACCCUUUUAUUAUGUUUGACCACUUCAAGGUCCCUUCAACAGCAGGAUUCCCUGAUCAUCCCCAUAGAGGUCAGGAGACUAUCACCUAUGUGAUUGAUGGAGCUGUUGACCACGAGGACUUUACUGGAAGCAAGGGUACUUUGAAUGCUGGAGAUCUGCAAUUUAUGACUGCAGGUAAAGGAAUUGUUCACGCAGAGAUGCCUGCAGCUGGUCCAAACGGUGAGGUGCAGGUCGUGGAAGGAAUCCAACUGUGGGUUGAUCUUCCUGACCACCUCAAGAACUGCGAGCCCCGAUACCGAGAUCUGAAGGCCGCAGAGAUCCCUACUGCUCAGUCCGACAAGAAGGAUCUUACUGUCAAGGUAAUCUCAGGCCAGGCUAUGGGCGUGGACUCUGUCAAGGAUCUUGCUUACACUCCUGUCUGGUACCUUGACUACUUCACCGAAUCCAACUACGACGGAACAGAAAUGAGCCAGACCAUGCCUGCUGGAUUCAACUCUCUGCUGUACGUUAUGAAGGGCUCUGCUAUUGUUGAUGGCAAGGUCAUAAAUGCUCACGAUGUUGCUACUCUGUCUACCAAGGGUGAGACUAUCGACUUUACCCCUGCUCCCAACUCUCGAAUCAUCAUUAUUGGAGCUCAGAUUCUUAACCAGAAGACUGUCCAACACGGUCCUUUCGUGGCUUCUUCCGAGGAAGGAAUCAUGAAUGCCUUCAUGGACUAUCAGUUCAGCAGCAACGGCUUCGAGCGAGCUGCUACCUGGGAGUCAGAAAUCGGUAAGAGAAUGAUGUGA